AUGGCUUCGGCCGAUGGCGACGGGCCUGAUGGCUCUUCUUUGAGACCUGUGUCGUCCAUUCGAGCUCGGUUUGAGAACAUGGGCAAAGGUACCGACGGCCCAGCUUCAAGCCAAGUCGCAGCUCCAGCUCCCGCACCAGCUCCCACCCCUACUCUUGCACCUCAGAAGCCUCCCUCUCGACCGAUUUCGCCAGCUCCGAAGCCGAACAAGCUAAAGGACUUCAAGCCAUCCCAGGAAACCGCUACAUCGAUUCCCUCGACACCAACAAUCAUUCCGCCUACUCCAACGACACCUGCAGCCCCUCCGCGACCGAAAGAGAAGCCCAAGAUACCUCCAUCACCUUUCAUUCGCCAAGAUGCUCUUCCAUCUGCCGCUGGUGCCAACCACAUCAACACACCCCCACGAGCUAAUUCGACCAAACCGAUUGUAAAUGCCAAGGCCGAGCCUCUACAGCCUCAAGCUCCUGCUGUCACCGUGCAACCACCACUCUCGCCGCCAAAAGUUAGGCCGUCCACCAUUCCUGUUGGCGAGCACCCCAGUCUGUUAAAUCCCGAGACUGCGGUAUCUAUAGCCUCUGGCCCUGGUUCCCCUAGCCGUCCUCUUACUCCAUCGCCGGCAUCACCGUCCAGGUCACCUCGUUCCAAAGCGCCCUCGCCACCUCCCCCAAGACGAUCAGCAGAACUUCGACGAGACAAAGAAACAAAGGUCCCACCCCCACCGCCGAAUCCUCGGAGGGAAAAAGCAGUGUUGGAUCAAGCUGGCAACAUUCGCAGCUCCUCUCGAGAUUCUUCGAGGGCCAAAACGCCGGAUGUGGCCCAGGAAACGUCGCCUUUUAGCAGCCCCCCGAUCAGUCCCAGGAUCGGUAAUGACGAUGACGAGGUUCCCCCCGAGCUUCCGGUCCGGCCAAGACCUAGAAGCACGAUCAUGCAAGCCGCUCGACCCAAAUCAACUGCCACUAACUUCGAGCCACCUCCAGUCCAUCAUUCAAUUUCAGUGCGCCGGGGUCAAAGAACUGAAGAAAGGAAUGGCUCCGUUAGCCAUGGACGUUCACUCGAUGAAGCUAGACCUAAGCCUUCAUCGAAGAUCACGUCUAUGGAGCCGCCUCCCCGUCCUGUUUCCAUGAUUGCUCCUCCUCGGCCGCCUCGGCCUGGCGUUCAAGCUCCAGCCCAGAUUUCAGCACAAAUUCCUGAACGUCGCCAAUCCACGGUAGCAAGACGAGCUUCAUCGAACCCAACGACGCAGCAGCCUCCAUUGCCCGCGACAAGGACGCAUGGUCGGUCUGGUACUGUGGACAGCAGAAUAGAACGACCGCCAAUAGACAUACGCAGUCUCGCCCCCGCCAUAGCUCCUGUUAAGCCUGCACCGUCAGCCACCUCCAACCAGAUUCCAGUUUCAAAGGUGGAGGCAGUCGCACCAGUCGUCACCUAUCCUGAUUGCUCGAGCACAAAUCGCAGGGCACCGUUUGUUAAGCGUGGUAUUGAGGAAAUUGCGACCAAGUAUGAUCCCAGGAUCUUCGAUGUGUGUGGCGAAAACGUAUGCACAAGUGGACAAUUGACAAGAGUUUGGAAUGUUCUCGAUGGCGAACUCAUCAUGAGUCUGGCUCAUACUGAGGGCAUCAAGGCCACGUCAGUUGCGUUCAAGCCAGCUGCUGAUCCCCAGAAUGAGGGCUGGAAAAUAUGGAUCGGUACAACAUCUGGUGAAAUCAUGGAGGCUGACGUUGAGACCCAUGAAAUUACCAACAGCAAAGGCGGGAUACACGGCAGACGUGAAGUGAUCAGGAUGUAUCGCCACUUCAAUGAAAUGUGGACCCUAGACGAGCUGGGUACUCUUCUUGUUUGGGGUCCUGAUGAGACGGGAGUCCCGAAUGUCGCUGGAAAUCCCCAUCAAAGCUUCAAAGUACCUAGGGAUCACACAUUCUCUAUGGUCGUGGGGAGCGAGCUAUGGCAUGCCACAGGAAAGGAAGUCCGCAUUUUUGCGCCAACUUUGCAUGGCCGAGACCAAUUCCAGGUGUUGAUCCGGCCGCUUGUAGCUGAAGGUGCUGGUGAGGUCACUGCUGGAUCUCAGGUCAAGACGCAACCUGGGAAGGUAUAUCUGGGGCAUAGCGACGGGAAAGUCAGUAUCUGGUCAACCAUUGACUAUUCGUGCCUGGCGGUUUUGAGCAUCAGUACGUGGAAAAUCAAUGCCCUUGCUGGAGUUGGCCAACGCAUCUGGGUUGGCUAUAACAACGGUCGUACCUGCGUGUACGAGAUUAGCGAAACCCCUUGGACCAUUCUCAAAGAAUGGCAAGCACAUUCCCCUGGCAAUCCGGUGCUUGGCGUCAAGGCAGACCCUGCCAGCUGUUAUAGACUUGAUCGUCUGCAAGUGGUAUCGUUGGGGGCUGACAAUAAACUCAAAAUCUGGGAUGGGUUGUUGGAGGAUGACUGGGUCGAGGAUGAGAUGAAGUCCAAAGACACGGAAUAUUGUGAAUUUGACGAAAUACGAGCAAUGGUCUUCACCUGGAACGCCGGUGCAUCGACGCCGUCAAGCUUACGAUACUCGCAUAACGACGGCGAAUUCUUCCCUGACCUGAUCAAAUCUAGUGGCGCCCCCGAUAUCCUCAUCUUUGGUUUCCAGGAGCUUGUCGAUUUGGAAGAUAAAACGGCUACUGCAAAGCGAUUUCUCAAGGUAAAGAAGAAGAAGGAGGAAGGCACCGAUCAAGAGCGCAUGAGUCACCAAUACCGAGACUGGAGAGACUUUUUGAAGAAGACGCUCGACGAUUAUACCCCGACAGAUGAUCUGUAUCAUCUUCUCCAUACGGCGCCUUUAGUAGGCCUUUUCCAAUGUGUUUUUGUGAAGUCAUCCCUCCGGGAUCGAAUCCGGAACCUGAACGCUGCUGAAGUGAAGCGCGGCAUGGGCGGCUACCACGGAAACAAAGGUGCGGUAGCGGUUCGCUUCCAAAUCGACGACAGCUCAGUUUGCUUUGUCAAUUGCCAUCUUGCUGCCGGGCAAUCGCAGGCCAGUGCUCGUCACAAUGACAUCGCUGAGAUUUUGGACUCGAGCCUUUUCCCAGCUGAAAGAGACCCUAGCGUACGUAUCGACAGCUUUGCCGGGGGCGGUGAUGGCACGCUGGUAGUGGACCACGAGUUGUGCAUUCUUAAUGGCGAUCUUAACUAUCGAAUUGACACGAUGUCCCGCGACACGGUAGUGGGAGCUGUCAAGCAAAACAACCUCAGCAAGCUCUUGGAGAGAGAUCAGCUCCUCGUCGCACGACGUCGCAAUCCCACAUUCAAACUGCGUGCCUUUGAAGAACUUCCCAUCACUUUUGCUCCUACUUACAAGUACGAUGUCGGGACAGACAACUACGAUUCGAGCGAGAAGAAGAGAAGCCCUGCCUGGUGUGAUCGGCUGUUGUUCAGAGGCCGAGGAAGAGUCCAGCAGCUGGACUACCGAAGACAUGAAGUCUAUGUGAGUGACCAUCGACCAGUCACGGGUAAUUUCAGGCUCUGGGUCAAGAGAGUCAACCACAGCGCGAGAGCAAAGGCCUGGAUGGAGAGCCAGCAAAGCUUCGAGGUCGUGCGCGAGCGAGAGACGGCAGAUGAAAAACUCCAUUAUUUGAUGACGACAUGCGGCUAUGAUGAGGCGACAAGUAAACAGCUGAUCCGAGAAAGGGCAAAGCCUCAUCGAGGCCACUAA